CUCAGCAGCAGGAGACUGAGGAGAAGCACUUGGAGCUACUGAGGAAAAUAGUGAACAUGGAAAAUCCUGUGACAAAAUACACUGAACUGGAAAAUAUUGGCAGCGGGUGGCCAUAAAGAAAGUAAAUCUCCAUGGACUGAGGACAAAGGAACUAAAAGUCACUGAACUCCUGGUCAUGAAGAUGAACAGUAAUCCCAACCUGGUCAACUAUUUAGACAGCUACCUUGUGGGUAAGCAAUUCUGGCUGGUGGUGGAAUACAUGGAUGGAGGCACUCUGAGUGAUGCCAUCAGCAAGACCUACCUAUGUGAGGAUGAGAUGGCAGCCAUCAGUCGGGAGUGCCUGAAAGGACUUGAUUUUCUUCACAUGAACCACGUGAUCCAUGGAAAUGUGAAGAGCCACAACAUCCUUCUCAGAACCGAUGGCUCUGUCAAGCUGGCUGAUUUUGGCCUCUUUGCUCUGCUCACCCCUGAGCAGAGUAGACAGAACUCAGUGGCCAGCACUUUGGGGUGGAUGGCACCUGAAGUGGUGACAGGUCAACCAACUGGCCCCAAAGUGGACAUAUGGUCCUUUGGAAUUGUGGGCAUCGAAAUGGUUGAAGGAGAAGUUCCUCACUGGAAUAAAACUCCUGUCUGGCCUCAACUCCUGAUAGCCACAGGAGGGAAGCCAAAGCUGCAGCAGCCCAACCUCUUCUCACCUGGGCUGCGGGACUUCCUGAGCUGCUGCCUGCAGACAGACGAGGCGCGGCGCUGGUCUGCCAAGGAGCUCCUGCAGCAUCCAUUUGUAUCAUCAGUCAAGCCUACUCCCUGCCUGGUGCCACUGAUCAUUUCUGUGAAGAAGAUGAAGAUGGAGAAGGGGCUACCAUAAUCACAACUGGACUAUUUACU